GUUUCCGGAACCUCCGGGUGUCAUCCGCGGGGAAAGGUGGGGAAGGGUCCCGGGAACGUGGUGGGGCAGGGCCUCCGAGCGUGGUUGGACUUUGAAGGGGAUCGGCCGCCAUGCUGCAUCCCCUUUUUGGAAUUGCUCAACCGGGUGGUAACCGGCGCCGCUUCCUGGCCUUGGGAAGUGGUUCCUUUCUUAACCCACAAGAACCUCUCCCAUGAGAACUUGGUCCUGAUGUCUGACCAUGGAGAUGUGAGCCUCCCGCCCGAAGACCGGGUGAGGGCUCUCUCCCAGCUGGGUAGUGCGGUAGAGGUGAAUGAAGACAUUCCACCCCGUCGGUACUUCCGCUCUGGAGUUGAGAUUAUCCGAAUGGCAUCCAUUUACUCUGAGGAAGGCAACAUUGAACAUGCCUUCAUCCUCUAUAACAAGUAUAUCACGCUCUUUAUUGAGAAACUACCAAAGCAUCGAGAUUACAAAUCUGCUGUCAUUCCUGAAAAGAAAGACACAGUAAAGAAAUUAAAGGAGAUUGCAUUUCCCAAAGCGGAAGAGCUGAAGGCAGAGCUGUUAAAACGAUAUACCAAAGAAUAUACAGAAUAUAAUGAAGAAAAGAAGAAGGAAGCAGAGGAAUUGGCCCGGAACAUGGCCAUCCAGCAAGAGCUGGAAAAGGAAAAACAGAGGGUAGCACAACAGAAGCAGCAGCAAUUGGAACAGGAACAGUUCCAUGCCUUCGAGGAGAUGAUCCGGAACCAGGAGCUAGAAAAAGAGCGACUGAAAAUUGUACAGGAGUUUGGGAAGGUAGACCCUGGCCUAGGUGGCCCACUAGUGCCUGACUUGGAGAAGCCCUCCUUAGAUGUGUUCCCCACCUCAACAGUCUCAUCCAUAGAGCCUUCAGACUGUCACACAACUGUAAGGCCAGCUAAGCCACCUGUGGUGGACAGGUCCUUGAAACCUGGAGCACUGAGCAACUCAGAAAGUAUUCCCACAAUCGAUGGAUUGCGCCAUGUGGUGGUGCCUGGGCGGCUGUGCCCACAGUUUCUCCAGUUAGCCAGUGCCAACACUGCCCGGGGAGUGGAGACAUGUGGAAUUCUCUGUGGAAAACUGAUGAGGAAUGAAUUUACCAUUACCCAUGUUCUCAUCCCCAAGCAAAGUGCUGGGUCUGAUUACUGCAACACAGAGAACGAAGAAGAACUUUUCCUCAUACAGGAUCAGCAGGGCCUCAUCACACUGGGCUGGAUUCAUACUCACCCCACACAGACCGCGUUUCUCUCCAGUGUUGACCUACACACUCACUGCUCUUACCAGAUGAUGUUGCCAGAGUCAGUAGCCAUUGUUUGCUCCCCCAAGUUCCAGGAAACUGGAUUCUUUAAACUAACUGACCAUGGACUAGAGGAGAUUUCUUCCUGUCGCCAGAAAGGAUUUCAUCCACACAGCAAGGAUCCACCUCUGUUCUGUGCACAAGAUAUCUUAGUGGCUAGAUGGGUGCAGGAAAUCAGUCUGUAGAUCCCUCUUCAUAUCUGCUGCAGCCUAGCCACUGCAGAGGCACUCUGCAUAGGAUGGUCUAAGUGUCUCUGUCUUCAUCUUACCUCUGUGGAGGAGACGUGGAAUCAAGCCAGCCCACAAGGAAGCCCUGAGACUGGAUAGGCCGGAGAGAAAGAGGAGGAGCCAGAGCGGUCGGGAAAAGAGGAAAGGAAUACUGUGGGUAACAGGGACGAAGACCACGCAACCUGAGGAAAGACAUUGUAUUGAAAGGGUAAUGACUAUUUGGCUAAGGGGACUGACUCCUGGGUUCCUGAGGCUCAAAGACCAGGAGACUUUUCCACUCUUGCAAGCUGCACAAGUACCAUACUUAGUGUUCUGGGCUGAGAGGGGAGACAAAAGCAUCGUCAGGUUGCCAAACAAUGUCCCAGUUGCCCUGGGAGGCACAAACCUACCAAAGUGCCAUAGGCCAGGUGCAGAGAGAAUCAGAGGAGCUGAUUUGCUUGGGGUCAGAGCAGAGCUGGGUUUUUUCAGAUGAUCACUUUCACAUACUCCUUGUUAAAUGGGACCAAAGGGGAAGAAGAAGAAACCCUUAAGCUUUUGUAAUAUUGUCUUGGGUACCAGAUACUAUAAAAGGCAGCAUGAGAGAAACAUUCCCUUGGGCCAGUGUCAUGGUGGAUUUUCUUGCUUGAGAGGCAAGGGUUUCAGCUUUCAUUUGGUACCACAGAAUUUAAAAUUGUAAGUGCCUAUCCCUUUUGACUGUUGAUGGCUUCUUUGGGGUUUUAGUUACCCCAGUUGAAAGAGAAAUUUUUCAUAUUGGGGUUGAGAAGAAUGGAGGCUAUUAGGAGCAAAGCUUUAAUGAGUGAAAGUCUGGUGAAUCCUGCAAGUUUCAUAUGUUUCCAGUGGAUUUUGGGAACACAGUUUUAGGACCAGAGUAGAUGUUGUUCCCUAGAAAAUAGAGUCAGCUAUUGAUAUUGUGCCUCCCAUCCCUCAUAUCUCAGUGUUUUAACCCCACCUGAGUUUGGAGACCAGUUUGUCCAAGGAUCUUUCAAACAUGUGAGCCCAGAGUAGAACUUGUGAGUCAAGGAUCAUGUCUUUUUCUGAGGAGCUUUGCUUGGGGCACUGGAAAUCCUGUUUAGAUCAGGACUAUUGGAAUAUUAUCCUCUCCAGGGGAAGUGCCAGGUUGAACAUUUAAGGCUUUGCUUCUAGGCCCAGCUAUACAUUCACCAGCAAAUCACUUAACUUCCUAAAUUUCUUUAAAAUCUGUAAAAUGGGAUCAGUCUAAUAUGCCUACCUCAAAUGAUGACAGAAUGACAUCUAUAUGCAUAUGAGGCCUAUGUUAGUUGAAAGAUGCUAUAAAGAUAUAAGGGAUUUGUUACUUGUCUUUCUUGAAAUGUUACAGUUGGGGUGUGGUUGCUUCUAUCUUCUGGACCUCUGCCCCAUUCAGCAUACAGCUAGAGGAAUCUUUGGGCAGAGCCACAUUCUUUAGCACUAGCUAGGCUUUGACUCCAAAGCUGUCUGGUCUACCUUGAUGUUCUGAGCAGGAAAACUGAGGACCUCAAGAACCAUUCCAAAUUUCUACUCAUUCUCCCUAAGACCCAGAGCAGACCCAGGACCUAAAGAAAUUACAUCAUCUCUAUUUUCCCUUGGCUCCAGCCCACUCUUGUUUGAACCUCCCACUUUUGUUGUUCCAACUACUUCUUGAGAUGAAGGAAGGGCAGAACAUUGGCCCUCUUCACUGAAGUCUUCACUCCUUAAUCCAGGGUUCAAUUUUUAGUUCACCUUAGCCUGUUUGAGAUUAGAAGCUGGGCCUUAACUUACAGGUGUGUCUGGCAUCAUUCAAUCAGCCUGUUAGAUCCAGAAUCCAGCACUGUGACGCUACAUAGCCAUGGGCUCUGUCCUUCCAGUUCCUUUAGUGCCUUCCCUCACUGGUAGGUUCACUCUGAGGGCUUCCUUCCUUGAACUCCAGUGGCAACUAUAGUCUGUUUCCCACAAUUUGUUGUGUGUGUUUUUUGUUGUUUUGCAGCGUUUUCAUAUUGUCUUUUAUGUAAGUCAUGUUUCUGAACUAUCGUAUAAAUUUCAUUAGGGUAAGAAUCAUGUUUGCUUUAUGCACUGUGUAACAUGCCUUGCAGUCAGUAUAGGCACUUAACCUUAUUGAUCAGCUGUUCCUUGGUGUUGAAUAAUGUGUUAGGAAGCCAGGUGGACCUGUGUCCUAGCCUGGAGAAGCUCUAUGUCACCUUGUAGGAAGCCAUCUGAACUUGACUCAGCAUCAUAUGCUGGGCCUGUGCUGCACUUGAGCUUUCUUUCCAGCCGCCAGGAGGGAUGGUUGUCCUGGCCAACAGCUAAUUUAAUGGGUGGUCAAAAGAAGAUGUGCCCGCAUAGAAGGCUGAAAGAGGGAGCUGGAAGUAGGAGGAGACAAGGAGAUAGUGACACCAGUAUCUUGUCACAGAAAUCAAGGAAGGCAACAGUUUAAAGGAGGGGAGGGAGAUCAGUGGUGCCAACUGGCUCAGAAGAGGUUUGCUGGGUUAAAUCUCAAGAUGAGCCCGUGAGAUCUGGUGGUUAGCGGAGGCCUUUCCUGACAACCCCAUUUUAAGCACCUCUUCCCCAUCACUCUAUCUCAUCACUGUUACUGUCUGUGUAGCCCUGUCAUGAGCUAAAAUCAUCCUGUUUGUUUAUUGCUAGCUUAUGUGUCUAAAUUAUACUCCUUGAGAACAGCAACUUUGUCUUUUUCACCUUUGUACUGAGUCCCCUGACAUGGAAUAAGAUAUGAAUAAAUGCACAGACUUGUCCAAAAUCAUCCAAUUAAUAAA